AACGCUACAUGUCAUUUGACGAAGCAAUCGGAAACGAAACAAAAAUUUAAUCGAUUUUGUUUACCACCGAGCCCAACAAUUCAUGAGUGUCUGAACCACUUUUGAGCUAACAGUUUUUUUCAAAUUCAUUAGAAUUUACAUAAAAGCUGUAUUAAAUCAGUAACGAAAUGUCGUAAUUCAUAACAGUUAUAGUGCAUCGAACGAACUAUGAAUCAACACAUGAACGGAGCCGUUUUCUUACCGACGGGUGGUCCCUCUGGCACAAGCACCGCCCAGUUGCCAUUAUCAGAUCAAGAAAAAUCAUCUGCGCGUAAAGCUCGAAAAGAGGCCGAAAAGCAGAAAAAGCAAGCGAAAAAGUAUGAAGAGCAAUUAAAAAAAAUCCGUGGUCCAAAGAGCCAGAAGAUUCAAAUAAUUGACGAGAGUUUCCUGGAAAAGUACAACCAUGCUCAAGCACUUCCUCCAGGGCCUAGUCUGAAAACUAAGAAACGCUCAAAGAAAACGCCUAGUGACUUGGUGCAGAUCAAUUUGUCGGAUUGUAUCCGGGACCGUUUAUCGUUGGUUGAGAAGGGAGAGGGAAAGGUUGGUGGUGAAACGAAAACUGUACUGACACCGGUGGUACCAAUUGCUAUAACGCAACCGAUGAUUUUGCACAAGGGAAAACAACGUGAGGUUCCAAAGGAGAAAAAGCUAACCAAGCUAAAGAAAGACAUCGUUAAUAAUCGGAAAAUCAAACAGGAUGGAGCUGUUGUCGCUACUGGUGAGCAACCAGCGGCAGAACAGGAUGCUAAAAUUGUCGAUGGUGCUAAGCAUACAGAUAUAAAGGAACCACCAGCGCUGAAGCAUAGCAAUAAACUGGGUAUCUCUCCAUUUCUUAAAGCGAUUGAACGAUGUUGCUCUAACGACGAUGCGGUUCCGCCAUGUGUUGGUUCAGAGGAAUAUCGGAAUGGAUUUCCAGCACUUAAUGACACCGUUAAACCAGUGGAUAGAGUUCAGCAUUCCAGAGCGUUUCGGAGCUAUUGUGACCAUUUGAUAACAGAUGAGUUGCGUACUAACUGUGAAACAUUGGUUACAAAAUUGUUCCAGUUCCAAGCGACAGCAUACGGGAAAAAUCCGAUUAAGGCUGUUUCCAACAAGCGGUUUUGUGUUGGUUUUAAUGAAAUACUCAAAUACAUGGAAACUCGUAAAGUAAAAUUGAUUCUGAUUGCUCCCGAUUUGGAACCGAACGACAGUAUCGAUCAGCUAGUAGAAAGAGUUAAAACUAUCUGCCGUCAAGGUCGAGUCCCUUAUGUUUUUGGUGUGAAACGCAGAAAACUCGGCUUCUAUCUGAUGAAAAAGGUCCCAGUUAGUUGUUUGGGUGUGCUCAGCUACAGCGGUGCUGACGAAACGGUCAAACGAAUAUUGGAGAUAGUCGAGCAGGAGCGAAUAAACUAUCGGAAUCUUGCUACGGAGGCUUAGUAUUAACUACGAGCUGGCGAUAGUUUAGGACCGACGAUUGAUUCUUCGAGGCCAAAUAUGAUACUCUAGUCAAACCUUCAUUACAUUCCUAUGAUCUGAUGCUUUACAGACCCGUUUUCGAAUCAAUCUGUGUAAUUGCAGUAUGUAAUAUUCCUCGAACUUUGCCCUAGUAUAAUACCCGUUAUAAACCCUGGGUACGAAUUUGAUAAUUUUGGACUCGGUUUCGGCAGGCUCAUUACCGAACGUAAGUCUAAAAUAUGUAUGUGUAGGUGUUUAUACAGUUGAAGCCGUAAAUGGGAAAGCAGUGUGUCGAUGAUGAAAAUAAAUAAUGUAUUCAAUAUCCCGAAA